GAGUCUCUAUUUAAAUGCCAAGGCUACCCAUGUCCAAAUAUAAUUGAUUGUUUUGUCUCAAGAUCAACAGGAAAGGUAAUAUUCCUAUUAUUUUAGCAACCCACAGCCAUCGUUUCACUUUCCUUAAACAUUCUAGAAAUUUUCCACCUAGGCUUUAAAAAGAUUAAGAGAGGGCUCUGGGGACAAUACAAAUUGAAGGAUGAGCAUAAUGAAUUCUAUUCAAACAGGUCAAGACAAAAUCUUGCCAAAUAUCAGAGCACAGCUGCAAAUUCACUGAAGCGACUCUCUUCUGCACCUGGUUAUAAUCUGAUAGUGGAAAAGCAAGCACACGCAACAGUGCAUCCUAGUUUAAACUGCCCUGCAUUUCAGGCAGGUCCUGAUAGUCACAAUAGAAAUGAUGAGAAAUGCAUUUUGGAUGAACAGGAAACUGUAUUUUCUAAUGAGAUGUGCACAUUUAGUACUACCUGUAGUCAUAUUCAAAGUAUCAGCUCAAGUACUAAUGAAAACACUAAAAACAAAAACAAACAAAAAAAACACAGUGUUGCUCUAGAUCUGGACAACCACAUGGGCAGUCACUCCAAACAGCUUUCUCUUUGUCAGCUAACUGCACCAGGAAACCAUGGUGGCUUCGUGCUACAUGGAGUCCCUCUACAGAAGAUGAAAAUUGGGUGUCACCUCCUAAAGGACCUAUCUUACCGGUACAGUGUGAAGACCAAAAUAAGAAACACGUGUUUAAUAGAGUGGCAUCAAUAG